AUGGAUAUAAAGGCAAGUAGAAUAAAUCUAUUUUCUAACAAAGAAAAAUAUGAAUUUUUAGGACAUGAUUUCAUACACGCGUCCUAUGUUCAAGGAGCUGAUUAUCCGUUGAUCUUGACACACUGUCUUCAUAAUUAUCAGAGUUGUUAUCAGUUCUGGACAAUGGUCUUUGAGACUAAAUCUAAGAUUAUCGUUCAACUUAAUGAAGAAGAAAUCAAAUAUAUUGGAAAAGAAAAAAUGGAAUAUGGAACAAUUAAAGUAAAAGGACGGAUGAAUGCUUUGACAUCAAAUACUGAAGUUAAAAAAACGUUUUGGAAUUAUCUGGAAAGAAUGGAGGUGAGAAAUUUAAAAAAAGACAUUCCAUGGAUUCCAUUUUAUAAAUAUAAAGUAUACCUGAGGAAGGGUCUUGAUAGGCAGUUUUAA